CAGAAUUGUAGUUGUCAUCUGGCAGAAAGUGAGGAGGCAGAAAUAUUAUCUUGUCUAAGACUGAGCCUGAGGCAAUUUGCUAUGCAUUUCAAGGGUCAUUUUCUGCUGGAUCUCUGCCCCAGGUUUUAACUGACCAGUGACUUUUUUUUCCAUUCAGAAAGAUGCUUCGUCGAGGGCUCGGUCUCAUCCUUCUAAUCUGGUCUGCGAGCUUGUUCAAAGAGAGUCACUGUUUUUGUGACAAAGUACCCUGGGCCAAAGUUGGAUGGGAGAUUCUUCCAGAAGAUAUGGAGAAAUUGAAGCUUACCCUUCCUCCUUCAGCUUACUGCUUGCCUUUCCCUUUGGAGAAAAUGUGCUGCAGUUUUCCCACCCUCAAGCCGUUCUACAGUUGUAUGUUUGCCCUCUGUACUCUUCUGAAGAGUCUGUGUUUUAUCCUGGCUUCUCUAACUACAUAUUCUCUCUGGAUCAGAUGGAAGCGGCAUUUGAAGCUGGGAGUGGACCCUUCCACAGAGUUCUUAAAUAAAAAAUUACCAGUUGGAGCCCUCCAAAGGACAGAUCAGAUCCUCUCCAGGCUUGUGAAGACUAUAUCAAUUCUAACAAAUUACCUGGAACAACCAAACAACCGUCGCCGCCACCACCACCACCACCACCACCACCACCAAAAAUCCAAAUCCGGCCAAGUCAAGGGAAAAAAGAAAGAUGCUGAAAACGAUUGGCCCUUUCCCACCACGACCGUUUGUUCACACUCUCCCCCCUCUAUCUUGAACACUUCCCACAAAGACGUAAACUUCUAAAAGAACGGAAUCUAUUUGGGAUACGAAGCAUUCUUUCGUUCCACUUGCGCUGUCUUAAACAUUCUUUACAGAGUCUUCCUUAUGAAGAAAUUUCAUUCAGUUAAAAACGAAAGUGCUUGACUAACGUGGUGUUGGGCAGACAGUUGUCUUGUUUUAUAACAUGAACUACUAAGCACUGAAUAAACAUUUCCACUA